AUGACGGGUGAGGGGGAAGCCGACGGCCAGAGGAAGUCUUUUAAGCUGCUGGGAAUACUUGAUGUUGGAACCAUCCCUUGUGCUCGGGAAUCAGUGCUAUAUGGAUCACUGGGUGCUUUAACUCUGGGUCUUGGACACUUCUUAGCAACUAGCAGAGUGAGACGAUCAUGUCACUUUGGAGCAGGAGGCUUUAUCCUGACAACAUUAGGAUGCUGGUUCUACUGCCGAUACAAUAAUGCAAAACUGAGGAUCCAGCAGCAAAUUAUUAAAGAAGGGUUGAAAAACAAGAUUUUGUUUGAAGGCACACAGUUUGAUCCAGAGAAGCAAAAAGCAAGCACUGAAAGAAGUAAUUGAUAGUCAUUGUGCAGCAAUUUGUUGGGAACAUCUGUAAGCACACUAUGAAAUCUAAUCUGAGAAAUCAUAGAACUUGGUUGCUUCUGCAUAUUGUGUUGGAUCCAAUGGAAAAGUCUGAUAAAGGAGAUGUUGGAGUGAAUCUUUUUGAGACUUUUCCAAGCAGCCUACUAGCCAUGAAAAAUCCUCUAGGAUUGGAAAAGCUUUGUAAAAUAAGCAAAUAAAAAAGCACCACAGUACAGCACAUUAUAGCAAAAAAUGGGGAAUCAGGUAAACAGCCUUUUCUGGCAUGUUUGAGGAUGGGGAAGGUGGGUAGGGAUUCACUCUGCCAGUUCCUUCUGGAAACUUUGUGAAUCCAUCUUAAAAGGAAGUAAUUUUCUAGCCUUAGGGCUAUCAUAAAGUUGGAUUUGUAUUUUACACUUAUGAAAACCAAAACCACAUUAAAUAUACCAUAUUUGCUGUUUGGGGGAAGUCAAAUCCAGUUAAAUACAGUACAUGCCAGGGAGGAUGCUGAAAAUGUCCUCAGAAUGGUUCAGCUGGUUUUGAAUUACUUUGGUAAGUUUAUUCAGCAAUUAAUAUAGACAUGGAUGCCUUUUGAGAUGUAAAACUUGUCAGCAAGAUACAAUCAAAUCUAAAUUCUUGAAAUCAAUUUUAGUCAUUUUUUUUUGUAAAAGUUGCAUUAUUGGAACAUUUCCUGGAUUAUGUUUUGUAUUCUCUCUCCCCCCCCCCCCCCUUGCUAAACAGUUUUCCCACAUCACUUUUGCUUCAGUGGGGCUAGUAAAGUGUUUGUAUUAUCAAAAUUUUCUAAAGAUAUAGAUGAGAAAUGAGUUUGCUCAGAAUUUUUAGUGAUUAAUACCGUGCAAAAUAUUUACCAAAAUGUAUUCAAUGUAUAUCUACAUGCAUUAGAUUUAAGGCCCUUCACUAAAAGUUACGUUCUCCAGUAAUGUUUUUCAGCACAGUUCUGUUCCUCAGGCUUUAGCCUCAUUUCAGAUGAUUUGUGCAUCUUCCCAUUGACAGUAUUAUAAAUGUUCUUAGGAGACACUUUCCAACUGCAGUAGUGGUUGACAUGGUAGAAUACCUGUUGUUUUUUACAUAUUGUAAAAUUAGUGAUACAAGAUGCUAAAUUUGUCCCUGCUCUACUAUUUAAGAAAUGAACAUCUUGACACUUUUGUGGCCACAAUUCAAAUAAGGUAUUUUAAGGACAUGAAUAGAAAAUACGUCCUCUUGAUAGCUUCCCUCAGUUCGGAAGAAGCAAAAGGCUGAUUUCUUUUUUAGAAAAGGCAUUUGCCCUUGUUGCUGCAGAAAGAUGCUGAGUUACUGGAAAUGGUUGCAAGCAAAUUAAUUUCUUUUUCUAAGAUCCAUGAAUCAUUCUAGACUUGUUAUCAAUCUAUUGGUAUCUGAUAAUUUAUAUUGUUCAUAUUUGGAUUCUGAAUGUAAAUUAUGGGCCUUUUAAUUAAAUACUGUGUGGAAAGCAGCAUGCAGAAACAUUUCCAUGAUAAACACAAGCUAAUAAAAUUUUAAUCAGGAGGAAGCCCUUGCUCCCCUUUUCAAAACCAUA